GCUGGAUUUCUUCGCCUCGUGUCGGUGCUCGCACAUGCGUGCGGGCGGCUUCGUCGCCUGCGCUUCCCCGCAGUGUGCUCGUGAGUGUAGCGCUACGGUGGAAGCUAGCUUGCUAGUCAGGGGGUCACCAAACAAGAAAACAGCAUGGCGUUUCCCCAAAGUGGAACCUAACCGAAUUCUUCCCGUAAAGAGAGCGGAGACAUCCAGUUGCUAAACGGUUGGCUCCUUAUUUUCUUUUUUUUUUUUUUUGCCUGCUUUUUUCCUCAAAUAGAUGGUAUCCAGCGAACCGUCUCUGGCAGUGGAAGACGACUACAUCGCGAAUAAUAUGAAGGAGAUGAUUGGAGGCUGCUGCGUUUGCUCAGAUGAGAGAGGCUGGGCCGAAAAUCCACUCGUUUACUGUGACGGCCACGGUUGCAACGUCGCUGUCCAUCAAGCAUGCUAUGGCAUUGUGCAAGUCCCUACUGGUCCAUGGUUCUGUAGAAAAUGUGAAUCCCAGGAGAGAGCAGCCAGGGUGAGGUGCGAGCUGUGCCCCCACAAGGAUGGAGCCCUCAAGAGGACUGACAAUGGAGGUUGGGCUCAUGUUGUCUGUGCACUGUACAUCCCAGAGGUGGAGUUUGCAAACGUGUCCACCAUGGAGCCCAUUGUGCUGCAGUCCGUCCCACACGAACGCUACAAUAAGACUUGUUAUAUCUGUGAAGACCAGGGCCGGGAGAGUAAAGCUGCUACCGGAGCCUGUAUGACUUGCAACAAGCAUGGCUGCAGGCAGGCCUUUCACGUCACAUGCGCCCAAUUUGCUGGGCUGUUGUGUGAAGAGCAAGGUUCAGAUGCAGACAAUGUGAAGUACUGCGGCUACUGCAAAUACCAUUACAGCAAACUGAGAAGGAGCAAAGGCCGCGGUAGUAGGGCUCAAAGCUUAAGUGAUUCUUCCUCUCACUCUUUGGAUAAACAUCAUGACAAGGACAAGAAGAAACAUAAAGAAAGGGACAAACAUAAGCCACGACAUAAAAAGUCCUUGGAAUCUUCCCCUGCUCUCACACCUGCGUUGACAGUCACCACCGAGAAGACUUACAGCAGCAGCAGCAGCAGCAGUGGUACCGUCACCUCUGUCCCCAGCUCCCAGAAGCGCCUGGAUGACAGCUCGGGGCGCUUCACUAAUGCCAACUUCCAGGAGGUGCCCACCCAUGCUGGGGGUGCAACCAAGGAUGGGGUACCAGCAGAGGGCAAGGGGGCUUCGGACAGCAAGAGUAAGAAGGUGGGAAGCCACAGCUCCGGUCAGAGGGGCCGCAAGUCCACCCCUGGAAAACCUUCCCUCCCUGUGGUCAUCACGUCAGCUCCGGCUUCGUCUGCCACUUCUACCACCAGCCCUUUUCAGCAAGGCCUCCUUUUGGGCAGCAGCAGUAGCAACAAGACGUCCUCCAGCACAUCUGGGGUCCAGGCUGCAACAGAGUUCCUCAGCUUCUCCGAGACAGACCUGCGCAAUGACUCGUACCAGCAGUCACCGUUUGGGUGUAGCCUGGCGAAGUCUGCAAGCGAUAGCGGAGCGACCGAGAGCCUGCCCCCCCCAAGUUUCUUUGAGUCCCUGAUUGCCCAGGCUUCUAGUUCGGUGUCCUCCGCUGGCAAGUCGUAUGAGAACUCGCACUCGACAGGUGACAUGCGUGGCCUCACUUCAGCGGGCCACAAACGGCCCCAGCCCUCAUCGUCCUCAGGCAGGGGUGCUACAGGGCAGAGCGAGGAGGGGGCUGGCAAGGGAAAGAAGCGCCGUGGUAAAUGGAGAAACAGGUACGGGCCCUGCUGGGCCCAUGAUACCGUCAAGGGUACAGAACUGACAUCCUCCUCCACUCCAGCCCCUUCCGCUUCGCCGGCCGCUCUGGUGUCUGGCUGUAGCAACGCUGGCACCUUGGGUGGCACGGGGAGUAGUAGCAGCAUCAUCAUGGGUGGUGGCAGCAGCGGCGGCAUCCAGAGGUCGCCCUCUCUCCUCAGGAACGGGAGCUUACAGAGCCACAACGUUAGCUCCUCGCCUGCUAGACCAGGUGCAUUCGUCGGCAGCGAUGUCCCGGUGCCAUUGCCCAGUGUAGUGAGCUGUUCCAGCACAGAGCUUCCCCAGCAGCCCAUGCCCAGCGCUCCUUCGCUGCUGCCACCAGCACCGCUGCCCCCCUCAGCGCCCAGCACUGCCUGUAGUCACUCCAAUGCGCUGUCUGGAUCCUCCUUCAACCUGUCCACCCCCCACAUGUUUGGGAACCGCUUGAACCCCAACUCAGCCAUGGCGACUCUCUUCACGCAAUCCGAGACCACGGCGACAGAACCAGACCUGGGAGACCAAGGGCACUGCUUAUUCGGACGCGGCUGCUCGCCAAAGGCUAGCCUCUCCCCCCGUUCACCUGUGAGCGGCCUGCAGAUUCGCUAUGACCCUUCCGGUCCAGUGGUCCCGGGUCCAGGAGUCAACGGAGCGACUUCGACGCUCCCUGCAGCCACCAGCAUUGAGCAGCUCCUGGAGAGGCAGUGGAACGAGGGCCAGCAGUUCCUUCUCCAACACGGAGCCUCCGGAGACCUGCUGGGCAUGCUCAAAUCCUUGCACCAGCUGCAGACGGAGAACCAGCGGCUGGAGGAGCAGAUCAGAGCCUUGACGGUGAAGAAGGAGCGACUGCAGCUGCUGAGCGCCCAGCUGUCGGUGCCGUUCCCUCCUGCCGGGAGCACCAGCAGUGCCAGCACCCCAGCCGCUGCCUCCCCUCAGCUAGGCCCCGCAAGCAUGCACACAGAUGUUCUGAACAGCAGCAAGAGCCCCCAGCUUGGGGGAGCGUUCCUGCCAGACUCCACCCUCCCUCUGCCCGCUCAGGACAACACCUCCAGUAUCCACAGCAGCAGCAGCUCUGCUCUAUCCACGCCGCCCUCUGUUGGUCACAGCUCCCCCCAGCCCGGGCAGCAGCAACUGCAGGUCAACGGAGCGGCGGGGGGGCCCAUGCAGGCCGUGAGCGCUGCCGCCGCUGCCGUAGCCACCAGCACCCUUCCUGCUCUUCCGGGAGUGCCGGGGCUCAUGGGUGCCAUUCAAGGAAGUCAGCUGGCUAUGAAUGGCAUCGUGGGAGCUCUGAACGGUGUCAUCCAGACCCCCCCUAGCCUGGCACAGAGUGCCAACCCACUACCCCACCCAGUGGGGGUACCCAAUGUGCCACUGACCAUUCCCAGCACACUCAACAACAGCAGCACACCACCUGCAAAGAACAGCACCGCGGGCCUGGGCCUACUGUCCGAGCAACAGAGGCAGUUCCUCCUCCACCAUCACCAACUGCAGCAGCUCUUCUCAUCGCAGCAGCCCACCCCGGAGCAGCACCAGGCUCUGCUCUACCAGCUGAUGCAGCAGCAGCAGCAACAACAACAACAGCAGCAGCAGCAACAGCAGCAGCAUGACCUCCAGCAGCUCCAGCAGCUCUCUUCCUCGCAGCUUCCCGUGAACAGCCUGCUACCCACGGCGCAGGGCGCCAUCGCGGCCAACCCCUUCCUGACCAUGCAUGCGGACACAGGCCAGAAGACCGCUGUCAGUGCUCUCCAGCGCGAGUAGCCUCACUGCCUCGCCGCAGUCAAAUAGCUGUUGGCGGAGGGGGAAACCGAGCACAAGCAUCCCAGGCCCGCUCCUUGGAUGCGCCCAUCGUGGAGCUUGUCACCUAGAAAGCAGGGCCUUGAAUCGAGCAUUGGGCUGAAAUGGAUCUUUUCCCAUUGCAGCGGCUAGCGGACAAGUGUGUUGCAAGGGAAGCGUCUCCCAGGAGGCGCCGUGUCAUUGGCACACUGUGGAGGGCCGGUCAUCCCGCAACGGAGGCAAACGGCUCGUGAAGCCACCGCAGCAGGCAGCAGCUCGCCCAGGAAACAUUAGGCCACAUGGUUGCACUAUAAUCUUCGGGGACUCGAGAGACCCGCGGAGGAGAUUUGCCGCUGAACCAGCCUGCGGCCAGGGAAGGUGGCGAGUGCGCGUUCGUGCGAGAUUGGGGACAAGCCGAUUCUAUGCUCUCGGCCUUCUUGGAAGAAGGUGUUGAGCGCAUCUGCUGUGCUGCCGUGAGGACUGUCGAAGGGCUGCGGUCAGAACAAGCAAAAAGUCACCUCGGGUGUGAUGCUCGGUCAGAAGAUAAGGGUUUACCUGCAGGUUGAGAGAAGAUUCCAGGCCCGCCCAGCCCUGCCCCAAGUGCCUGCUGCCCCGCUCUGUGCCCUCGGCUUGGCCACAUCACCCCAAGUGCUUCCAGGUCCCUCACUGAAACCCAGCGCCUCCCUGGCCUCUCCCUCACACUCAUGACCGUACAAUCUGGACAUUCCUUCGGACUUUGCCUUGGUCUAGGAGAGCAGACAUGUAACGCUUGGGUAAAUGCGUGAUAUUAAAGAACCUGAAGAUAAGUACUUUUCGCUUAAUUUAUUUGAAAAUUGGUCAUUUGGACAUACGAUGUUGUUGUGAAACUCGUGUUCACUGACUUUUUUUUUUUUUUUUUUUUACUACUGCUGUAGAACAGGUGCUUUCGCACAUGUCUUCACUCGCCUUUUAGACACUUUUUAGACUCCUGACCAAGGCAAUGGAGGGUGGGGGCUCAUUCUGGCUAUUGUAAGUAGCUUGUCUUUGCAUUAUUGUACAGUGCUACAAAUACGCAGUUUGGACCGUAAUGAGCCUUAAGAUAGAAUUGCACAGUUUUACCUCGUUUGUGUAAAUAAGUGUUUGUGAGUCUCCUUGGUGUUGUGAAGAAUUCCUGAUAUGGCCUCAGUUUUUGCGUUGUUUCUAUUAUCUGUGCAAGCAAUGACUGGACACAAAGUAUUUA